CUAUCAAUACACAUUUAUUUGCAGAUCUGAGGGAUUACGGUGCUAAAUUCAUCAAAGUCUUUACUGACGUUGACAGCAGAGAGCUGUUGGAGCAGAGUCUCGGCACACAGGUGCAACUCAACUCAUUACUGGCACAACUGCGUAAGAUCAGGACCCGAAGAAGCACUCCGGAAGACAUGCCCGUGGGCACCAGAAGCCCCGGGUACGAGGGUGACCAUGAAGAUGUUGUUGACACUUUUGUUAUCGAGGAAGAGAUCAGAGAUAUUGACGUCACCAUUGAUAGCUUAUAUGACGAGCUGGAAAGCUUAGAGAAUGUGAGCAGCAGCACAGCGACCUCCGACGCUGCUGCUAAUGUGUCAGCCUUGGCUGCCUCACCAACAGAUUUGACUCCAGUGGACAUUCGGCACGGUUGCAGAGUUACGGGCACCUCAGUUGACUGUACAGAUAAUGUCUACCAUGAUCCCCAUGCUUGGAGGCUGAGCAAGGUUGCCAUUGAUCAACAGAUCCGUAGACUGCGCCAUCAACUCUUUGUCAUGAAGGAUAUACGAAAGCAUCUGCAGGAUUCUCGACCGGAUUCCGUGACAGAUGAAGAUGAUUCUGUGACAGAUAUAGAUGACUCCAUGCCAAGAUGAUUAUGAGGAAUAUGCUGAUGAAAGAGAAGCAUCUGGUGACUUUGACUUGAUAAUUGGGGAGAGCGAUGCAGACCAAGAUGAUGACAACACCACAUCAGCGAGCAAAGACCCAAGUGUGUUUGACAAUGCAUACAGCACAGAAGACGAGGACAGUAGCUAUAACGAUACUCUUUUUAAUUCAAGUGAGCACCAUGGUGAAGAGGAAAGUUAUACAAGUGAAGAGAGUGACACCGGCAGUGAUGAUGAAGACGGAGAUAUUAUCAUCGGAAGAGACUA